AAAUUGAUGAGAUAACCACUUGCUCCCUCUUGAAAUUCCGGUUCUUUAUUCCAGUUCAAAUACAAAAGACGGCAACGAAACAACCGUCAACUUCCUGGUGCAACAACACGCCACUUAAUUCACCAUGUCCCACCCUAAACCCGCACCAGCGCUGUCGACGACAGAAAAGACAUUCAGCUCCUACAACAGCGCGCAAGGAAGCGCCUAUUCCGAAGUCCGUCGCGACUACCACCCAAACCUGUACAAGUUCGUCCUGGAACAGCAUACCUCUACGGGCGGUCAACUUGACAGGCUGGUCGAUGUUGGCUGUGGUCCCGGCCUCGCCGCUCGUGCUCUUGGUCCGCAAUUUACUUCUGUAAUUGGACUCGACCCUUCCGAAGGCAUGAUUGCUACUGCUCGCUCUCUCGGCGGCGUCACAUCGACUUCUGAACCAAUCCGCUACGAGCGUGCUACUGCUGAAGAACUUGGAGGCGUUGAGGAUUCCAGCGUCGACCUCAUCACUUCUUCCAACGCCGCCCAUUGGUUUGACAUGGCGGGUUUCUGGCCCGCGGCAGCUCGUGUUCUCAAGCCCGGCGGCACCGUCGUGCUCUGGACUUCUGGCGAGAUUCGCGCACAUCCCUCCAUGCCCAACUCCGCCGCCAUCCAAGCUGCUAUUGAAAAGCACCAAGAGGGUCCUCUGAUGCCCUACUACGUGGCUGGGAACUUGCUCCCCCGCAAUCGCUACCGCGGCAUCCUACUCCCUUGGACCUUGCCGGAGCCGGUGGAGGCAUUUGAUGAGAGCGCUUUCAUCCGCAAGGAGUGGGACAGUGGCGAGGACUUCCAUGUGGGCGAGUCCGUGGCGGAUCUGGACACGUUCGAGAAGUUGAUGGCGAGUGGAAGUGCUCAGGUGCGAUGGCAUCAGGCUCACCCUGACCUUGUCGGGACUGACAAGGAUCUGGUGAAAAUUCUUCGAAACGAGAUUGAACAGCUGUUGCAUGAAGCUGGUGUGGAGAAGGGAAAGGAGAUGGUCAAGGGCGCAGUGUCAGGAGCAGUGUUGGUUGUGAAAAAGAAGCUGUAGUAUUUUGGAAUCCCUCCGCACUAGUAAUACAGCUGAAAUGAU